GGGGGAGGCGCAUCCGCGGCGACGCGGGGCCGGGAUGCGGCUGGAUGGGGCUGCGCGGAUUGCUCGCCCUGCUGCGCGCCGCCGCCCCCUCGGCCGGGGAUGAGGCCCUGGAGGAGCUGAAGAUGUCCGGAGCUGCUUCAUACGAGCAGUUGGUGCGGCAGGUGGAGGCGCUGCGCAGGGAGAACAGCCACCUCCGACGUGAGCUGCAGGACAACUCCCAGCACCUCUCCAAGCUGGAGAAUGAGACCUCGGACAUGAAGGAAGUGCUGAAGCACCUGCAGGGGAAGCUGGAGCAGGAGGCGAGGGUGAUGGUGUCCUCGGGGCAGACGGAGGUGCUGGAGCAGCUGAAAGCUCUGCAGAUGGACGUCAGCAGCCUCUACAGCCUCAAGUUCCCCGAGGUGGCAGUGGGGAUCGGGGAGGACAGCCCCCAACAUGGCACACCCCAUGGGGACAGCAAUGGGGACGUUGGUAGGGCCACAUUGCGGAUGCUGGAGGAGCUGGACAGGGAGAGGUGUUUCUUACUGGGGGAGAUUGAGAAGGAAGAGAAGGAGAAGGUUUGGUACUAUGCACAGCUACAGAGCCUGUCCAAGCGCCUGGAGGAGCUGCCCCAUGUAGAGACAUUCUCCAUGCAGAUGGAUCUCAUCCGGCAGCAGCUGCAGUUUGAGGCUCAGCACAUCCGAGCGCUGAUGGAGGAGCGCUUUGGGACGGCGGAUGAGAUGGUGCAGCGGGCACAGAUUCGGGCAUCCAGGCUGGAGCAGAUCGACAAGGAGCUGAUGGAGGCUCAGGACAAAGUGCAGCCAGCGGAGCCGCAGCUCAGUGCAAAGCUGCCAGGCUCAGAGGAGGACAGCAGCAUGGACGUCCCCACGCACCCUGAGGAUGGAGGCAGCAGCAAGGUGGAGGUGGUUUUCUGGCUGCUGUCCAUGUUGGCCACAAGGGACAAGGAUGACAUGUCACGCACGCUGCUGGCCAUGUCCAGCUCACAGGAGAGCUGCUUGGCCAUGCGCAAGUCGGGCUGCCUCCCACUGCUCAUCCAGAUCCUGCACGACUCCGACCACGAGCCGGGCCCCCCCGAGAGCCCCAGCAGUGCUAAGGAUGCUCGCAUGCGUGCCAACGCUGCGCUGCACAACAUUGUCUUCUCACAGCCCGACGAGGGGCAGGCCAAGAAGGAGAUGCGGGUGCUGCACGUGCUGGAGCAGAUCCGCUCCUACUCGGAGACCUGCUGGGACUGGCUGCAGAUGCAGAGCAGGGAUGGGGGCAAAGGGCCCGAGGGCAGCGCUGCUCCGGUGCCCAUCGAGCCCCAGAUCUGCCAGGCCACCUGUGCCAUCAUGAAGCUCUCAUUCGAUGAGGAGUAUCGGCGUGCCAUGAAUGAGCUCGGUGGGCUGCAGGCUGUGGCUGAGCUGCUGCAGGUGGAUUAUGAGAUGCACAAGAUGACGAGUGAUCCCCUGAACCUGGCGCUGCGGCGUUAUGCAGGGAUGGCCCUCACCAACCUCACCUUUGGGGAUGUGGUCAACAAGGCAACGCUGUGCUCACGCCGGGGCUGCAUGGAGGCUAUUGUGGCCCAGCUGGGAUCCGACAGUGAGGAGCUGCACCAGGUGGUCUCGAGCAUCUUAAGGAACCUCUCAUGGAGAGCCGACAUUAACAGCAAGAAGGUGCUGCGGGAGGUGGGCAGCGUGGCGGGGCUGACACAGUGCGCCCUGCAUGCUGCCAAGGAGUCCACACUGAAGAGUGUCCUGAGCGCGCUCUGGAACCUGUCAGCACACAGCACAGAGAACAAAGCCGCCAUCUGUGGCGUGGAGGGAGCCCUGGGCUUCCUGGUGAGCACCCUCACCUACAAGUGCCAGAGCAACUCGCUGGCCAUCAUUGAGAGCGGCGGCGGCAUCCUGCGCAACGUCUCCAGCCUCAUUGCCACGCGGGAGGACUACAGGCAGGUGCUCCGGGAUCACAACUGCCUGCAGACGUUGCUGCAGCACCUCCGCUCUCACAGCCUCACCAUUGUCAGCAAUGCAUGUGGAACGCUUUGGAACCUGUCAGCCCGCAGCCCCCGCGACCAGGAGCUGCUGUGGGACCUGGGGGCUGUCAGCAUGCUGCGUAACCUCAUUCAUUCCAAGCAUAAAAUGAUUGCAAUGGGCAGCGCGGCCGCGCUCCGCAACCUGCUGACCAACCGGCCCCCCAAGUACAAGGAUACAGCCGUUGUCUCGCCGGGUUCCUGUAUGCCAUCUCUGUACAUGCGCAAGCAGAAGGCGCUGGAGGCUGAGCUGGAUGCCAAGCACUUGGCUGAGACCUUUGACACCAUGGAGAAGCAGAGCCUAAAGAGCCAGAGCGCCAAGAAGCCGCUGCGGCACAUGGAGAGCCUGGUGAAGGACUACGCCUCCGAUUCAGGCUGCUUUGAUGAUGAUGAGGUGCCCAACAUCUCCACUGGGGUGGAAACAGCCAGUGCCUCCGUCCUCUCCAUGUUCCUGGGCUCCUCCUUCCUGCAGGGCCAGGCUCUGCCCCGGGCUCUGGCACAGAGACGGUGCCCGGAGCCGGAGAAGGAUGAUGGUGGAAAGGCAGCGGAGCCCAAGAAGCCACCGCUGCCCGAGGACGAUGUAUCCCUGGCUGCUGAGAAGCUGGCCAACAAGAUCUCCAGCACGGUGGCCAAGAUCGACAAGCUGGUGGAGGACAUCUCCACCAUGCACACGUCCUCGGAUGACAGCUUCAGCCUCAGCUCGGAGGACCACGGCCUGGACUGGCAGUACGGCCCCGAGGAGCCCCCCGAGGUCCGUGCCCACUCCUGCUCCCCGUGUCGUCUUUCAGACACUGGGGGCUCUGCCAGACGUGAGGGGCUGAGCCGGGCACGGGCGCUGCUGCGGCUGAAGACGGCGUACACCAGCCUGUCCACUGACAGCCUCAACAGCGGCAGCACCAGCGAUGGCUAUUGCCCCAAGGAGCACAUGAAGCCCUGCACCAGGGCCCCAUUUGACUACAGGGAUGAGCUGCAGCGCUACCAGAAGCGGCCCAGCAGGCUCGACCUUAAGAGCAUCCUGAGCACCAAACCUGACCCUCCUGUGCUCAGGGCUGAGCCGGAUAAACCAGAGCAGAGAGAGGUGCCAGAGAGGGGCAGGAAAGCGGUGACCUUCCCCAGUCCUAAAGCGCUGGAGACUGGGAGGAAGAAGGAGAUGGGUGGGAAGCUGCCCACCGACCCACAGGUGCACACCAUCAAGCUCUCACCCUCAUACCAACAUGUGCCCCUGCUUGGAAGCCUGGCAAAGAGCAGCACAGCCAUCAGCCAUCAUCCAUCACUGCUGGGAAGGAAACAAGCCUGGCUGCCCCCAGCCCUCCUGCAGACAGCUGACGGCCUCAGCAAGAUCCCUGAGAAGCUGCCAGCCCAACCCAUGGCCACGGCUGAGCAGGAGUCGGUGCAGAAAUACUCGGUGGAGGACACCCCCAUCUGCUUCUCCCGCUGCAGCUCCCUUUCCUCCCUCUCCUCAGCUGACAACGUGCUGGAUGGGCAGAGCCACAGCGAGAACGACCUGGACAGUGACUCCUCAUUGGAGAUCCUGGAGAUGGACGAAGGGGAUGGGGAAGCUGAGGAUAUGAGGAAUGAGAAGGAGAAGGCAGAGAUGGGUCCAACGACAGCGGUGGGGAUCUCGCAGCCCAUCACCAUCCCCUUCCCCAAACGGGACAAGCUCUUCCUCCGGGAUGCAUCCCCCUCCCGCCAGGAGGACCACACUCCCUCCAGCUCAUCAGAGAACUACAUCCAGGAGACGCCGUUGGUGAUGAGCCGCUGCAGCUCCGUCAGCUCCCUGGGCAGCUUCGAGAGCCCGUCCAUCGCCAGCUCCAUCCAGAGUGACCCAUGCAGUGAGAUGAUCAGCGGCACCGUCAGCCCCAGCGAGCUGCCCGACAGCCCCGGGCAGACCAUGCCACCCAGCCGCAGCAAGACGCCUCUCUUUGAGCUGGGUUGUCAACCUGAAAAGGAAACCAGUCAAUUCAACAUCCAAUGGGAGAACAACGUCAAGAAGUUCAUGGAGAUCACCGACUUCAAAGAGCGCUUCCAGCUGCCCCAAGAUCUGGAUUCCAUGGUUUAUUUCACAGUGGAGAAACCCAAUGAGAACUUCUCUUGUGCCUCCAGCCUGAGCGCUCUGCCGCUGCAUGAGCACUAUGUGCAGAAGGACGUGGAGCUGAAGCUGAUGCCCACCUUCCCAGAGAAGAACAGCCUGAACUUUGCAGCACACGAGGAGAGGGAAGAGCAGGAGGAGCAGCUCCUGGAGGGCCGGCGUCGGGCAGAGCCCAGCUCUGAUGAUGACAUCGAGAUCCUAAAGGAGUGUAUUAGCUCUGCUAUGCCAUCACGCUUCCGCAAGGUGAAGAGCUCGCUGCUCUCCGGGCAGGUUCUGCACCCUCACACCAAGAAACCGGUCCACGUCCCAGUCUAUAUGCUGGUACCCGCACACACCGCCGUCCCCAAGCAUCUCCGUGCCACCGCCCGGGAGCUCUAUAGGGACGAUGAUUCCUGCACCGAUUCAGCCGAUGGGACCCCCGUUAAUUUCUCCAGCGCCGCCUCGCUGAGCGAUGAGACCCUGCGUGGCCCAAAGGACGAGGCUGAGCCCCCCCGUGGUGCGGGGAGGAGACGGGAAAUGGGCGCUGCGGCAUCGCCGGCACGGAGAUCAGCAAUGGGCAGCGCAGCGCCCACCCGACCCAGCUCAGCCUGCAGGGGAAGGGUGGGAUCCAGUCGGGACAGCCCCGUACCACCGGGCAGAGCUGCGGAGGGGAAGCGGGGACAACCCACACCCGGCAUAGAAGCAGAGGUGGGGAGGAGCGGCAGCCCCGGGACACGGCCCUGCAGUCUGCCUGCGAGGAAGGAUGGUGUGAGGGAGGAGGGGGCGGCCUUCCAGUCGCUGUGUCACACCACGCCGACCGAGGAGGCCGUGUAUUGCUUCUACGAGCACGACUCGGACGAGCCCGGGGUGGGCAGGGAGGUGCCCGGUGUUGGAGCGCAGCCCGGCCGGGUGAUGCGGAGGGAGCGCUGCGGGGGCUCCGUGCCCAGGAGGGAGCCCGAAGCGAAGGGUAAAGCGAAGGGCAAAGUGCAGCACAACCUCAUUGCCGAUGAGACGCCGCCGUGCUACUCGCUGAGCUCCUCCAUGAGCUCCUUGAGCGACGGCAACCCCGGCGAGGGGGAGCAGCGUGGUUCAGCCCCCCGGCAGGCGCAGGGCCGCUCCCCCAGCCCCAAUUCGGAGGACGAUCUGCUGCAGAAAUGCAUCGGUUCUGCUAUGCCCAAACGCCGGCGGCCCUCAACGAGGCGGAGGACGGCGGAGAGGAAGCAGAAGCUGAAGGGCAGCGCCGGGAGGGAGCGCACGGCAGAGGGCAGGCAUCGCUCCGAGGAUUUGGGCUCUGAUGGAGGCUCCGACCUGGACAGCGUGGAGUGGGAGGCGAUCCAGGAGGGAGCCAACUCCAUCGUCACUUGGCUGCACCAGGCUGCGGCGUCGCUGUCGCGGGAGCCUUCGUCCGAGUCUGACUCCAUCCUCUCCUUCGUCUCGGGGCUCUCGGUCGGCUCCACUUUGCAGCUCUCCUUGGACAGGACGGAGAAGAAGCGCUCUGGAAGCGCGGCCGGACGGGAGGCAGAGAGGAGGGAUCGUGCAAAGAGCCGCCCGGAGGGGAAGAAGGCACCGAGCGCUCGUCCUGCUGGCAAUACGAGGGCAGAGAGGAGCCCGGCACCGAACAAGCCCGUGCCCAACCUGCCGGUGGUUUUCCGCGGCAGGACCGUCAUCUACAUGCCCAGCUUGGCCAAGGACGCGCCCAGCCCUCGCUCCACCCCAAAGAAAUCCCCCAUGGCCAAACCCCCGGCGCCCAAGAAUCUAUCGCUGAGCCAGCAGCGAUCCCGCAGCCUGCACCGCCUGGGGAAGCCACCCGAGGGGGCGGACCUGGCUCUACCCAAGCGCAGCACGACGCCCCCCGCCCGCAUCGCCAAGGGGCCGCCGUCCUCGGGCUCGUCCCGCACCUCCACGCCCUCGCAGCACGUACCCAAGAAGCUGCCGUCACCCUCGCAGCUCUCCAAGCAGAGCCCCGUGCAGACGGCCAAGGCGACCAGCCCCCCCUCCCCUCCCGGCCCCUCGGCCAAGCCUACGACCCCCAAAUCCCCGGCCCCACGGCAGCACAAGACACAGAAAUCACCCGUCCGGAUCCCGUUCAUGCAGAAGCCCAGCAGGAAGGUGCUGCCGGUGCGAGCUGCCAUGCCGGUGCUGGAGGAACAGGAGGGCAGCGGCAAAGCGAAGGGCAACACGCCGGGGGGGUCGGGGAGCAGCCGGCUCAACCUGGUGCGGAUGUCAUCCACUCGUUCCAGCGGCAGCGACUCGGAUCGCUCGGGUUUCCUGCGGCAGCUCACGUUCAUCAAGGAAUCCUCCAGCCUCCUGCUGCGGCACCGAGCCGAGCUCGGCUCUACCACCCCGGCCACAUCGUUGCCCCGAGGUGCGUCCCCGCAGCGCAGCCGGGCCGCCCUCCCCACCGUCUUCCUCUGCUCGUCCCGCUGCGAGGAGCUGAAAGCGGCCAAACCGGCAUCGCCCACAUCGCGUCCGCUCAUCCCCAGGGCUCAGCCCGGCUGCAAAGCCCCCUCUGCAUCCAAACCCCCCCGCAGGACCAGCUCCGAGAGCCCGUCCCGGCUGCCGGUGAAGUCGGCCGUCCCGGAGCCGUUCAAACGUUAUUCCUCAUCGCCCAACAUCAGCGUGCAGCGCCGCACCGGCAGCCCUUCGUCCGUCCUCUCCGCUUGUUCCGAGGCAUCGGCACGGCGGCGGAAAAACGGUGAUGCUGCGGAGGAGAAAACACCGAUAACGAUGAUGAAAGGCACCUGGCGGCGUAUCCGCGAUGAGGACAUCCCCCACAUCCUGCAGAGCACGCUGCCCUCCACCGCUCUGCCGCUGCUCGGCAACAACGAGGAGAAUCCUCCCCCCGGUCCUAGGAAAACCAGCGAUGCCGUGGUACAGACCGAGGACUUCGCCACCACCAAGACCAACUCCAGCACCUCGCCUACAAUGGAGACCCCAAGGCGUGAUGGUGAAGCCCCGGCUCCAACUAAAGCCCCCCUGCCCAUCUCCUUCGGGCACGAAGCGCCGGCCGGGACCUUCCCAACCAGCCGGCACAGCUCCCCCAGCCGCGCUGCCCGUGUCACCCCCUUCAACUACGUCCCCAGCCCCAUGGCGGUGCCGGUGGUGGCUGAUAAAGCAGUGGAGAAGAUCCAGGCGUGAGCGGCUGCCACGGCCGGACCCCGACGGACCCCGACCCCUGCCCGUGGGGAUGGAGACGUGGCCGGGACCCCUCCCCAACUACCCCAAAGAUGGGGGGUUUAUUCCAACGCGGCUCCAAAGGUUCCCGUGCUGAAGAGCGAAGCCCCACAGCUUGGGACUGAUCCCUGCAGCUUCUCAGUGCCGAGGGGUGUCCCCCGGGGGGGGCACUGAAGCUCUAUGGGGAGAGCUCUAUGCUCUAUCUCUAUGGGGCUGUGACCCCACAACCCAGAAACACAACAAGCAAAGCCUUAACGCCAGGCUCGCGCCGCACGCUUCAGCUCAUGCACCGGCACGGCACUGCCAGGCAUCGCAGAGCCUUUAUUGUAGGGAUGGGGUCACCUCCCCUCGGGGAUAUGGAGCCAGAGUGAAGCAAGGAGGGACCCCAUGUGGUGGGGGGCCGGGCUGGGUUCUAUCUGUGCUGCUCCUGGCCGUGGUGCUCACAGGGGGCUGCUCUGGUGCUUCUCAGGGCUGGGUGCUCAUUGGGAUCCUGGAUGCUGUGUCACUGAGCUGUGGGCUGCCCUGGGGAGGACACAGGGUGCAGAGGUGGCUUUGGGGUGCCCGAUCCCAAGGGAAGGGUCUGAGCCCCCCCCUGUAGCACACAGCCCCCAGCACGGCUGGCAGUGAGGUGCUCACACAGCGUGGACACGGGUCCAUCCAGGACUGGAUUACGCCCACAAGCACGAGGUGGUUCCUGCUGCCAGCUGGGCCUGUGCACCCCAGGGUGGGCUACUGAGUGUCCCCCUCCCCAACCUGGAUGCUCCCCAGCCACCCCUAUGUCCCCCAGUCCCUCCUCCAUGCCUUUGGGUGGGCUGAUCUAUGCCCCCCCCUGGGACCAACACCCCCAGGUGCCCUAUGGGUGCCCUCAGGGAUGGACAAGGGGGGCAAUGAGGACAAGUAGAGGACACAGGGUUGCAUAUAUAGAUCAAGAAAUAGGGCCGCAGCCCCUUGUGGACACCAUGCCCCCUCCUGAUGGCCAUAAACCAGAACAGGACCCACGUGCAGGAUGCCAGCAUCACCCCACGCACGUGGUUGUGACCCCGGGGUGUCAGUGCCACCAUCCCAGCCCCGCUGCCACCGUCUGCCCCGUGUGUGACCGUCGGCUUCGUUCCCCACCCGUGUGGGAAUCCCACUGGGUUUGUGGCGUCCCAUCCCCACGUUGCUGUAUGUAUGUACUAAGGAUGUUAUUAUAGGACUAUGGACAGUAUUAAAACCUAAACAACAAACCGA